CUAAAAAAUAACAAUAAUGACCAACAAAAAUAUUGUUUUAAUUUUUAUAAUAUUUAUUGUCGCACUGGUUUGCGAUUUCAGUGUUGGCGAUCACAUCAAAUUCAAAGCCACUCAAACAUCAACAAUACCUAUGAAUUUUGAAUUGAGUUGCGAUUAUAAACUGAAAAAAGGCAAAGAAUUUUUCAGUUCACUCAGUAUUAUGAAAGACUAUCAAGUUUUCUAUCAUUACGACAACAAAACCAUUUCGAAUCCAAAAUUUUCUAAAGUUAUUGGCAUACAUUCAAUAAUAGAAAAAGGACCUGGACAUUUGGACAUUCAUAACGCUAAUCACUCGACUUCUGGAUCCUAUCAGUGCGUUGUUUACUUUAACGGUGGAUAUUAUAUGCGUAAAUUAAAUAUCACUGUUAAGCCGACGCACAGUCAUCACACACCACACUUGACCGUACCCUUUCACUUUCAAGUAACUCCCCAUACAUUUCGUAUUAAUACAAGUGUUAGCAUAUAUUGUGAAUCAAAACUACAAUCGGGCAAACAUUUAGGACUCAUACGGUUGGCACUCAUUAAAGAUAGAAAAAUAUUUGCUACUAUUGAUCAAAAUGGAUUCAGAUCGCAAGCAAGGAUUGGAGGAAUAAGUAAUUUGACCUGGAUUAACAGUAAAAUUCAACCACCAUUGAUGCAUGUUAAAAUUAAUAAUACUACCAAAUUAACAUCAGGCAACUAUUUAUGUCAGAUUACAUUUCAAAAUCUGACUACUGGUCAAACUUAUUUAGCUAACUCAACGUAUCAAUAUCUCUACAAUACAUGCAAUACUAUAUCACUUUCAAUGGGUGUCAUAUUAAUAUCAAUUGCUAUCUUUUUGUACAAUCAAUUUAAUAAUUAA